AUGAAGUCAACAUCCAAUGCUAUUUGGUGGAUAAAAAGUCCAAAGAAAGCAGAGAAAUGGGCGGCAAAAAAGCGAAAGCAAUCAGUUGGUAGCACAUUCAGCAAUGAUAUGACGAAUCUAUUUCGCAAUAUAUCGAUGCAUGCCUAUGGGAAGUUGGUGGAUAGAACGUUGAAUAUAUGGGAGAAAUUAAUUUGGCUCGCUGUACAUGUGACAACAAUGAUUGCACUGGUAAUGAUUUUGGCAUUGAUUUGGGAACAAUUUGUUGCACAAUAUAUUGUCAUCAAUCUAUACAAUCCGUUAUAUCCCAUUGAAUCGGUGGCAUUUCCAUCCAUUUCCAUUUGCUCAAACAAUAGAAUAUCGUAUGAAGCGGCGUUGGCGCAUGCUAAGGAGCUCAGCCGUAAGGAUCCCCGUCAACGCGACCCCGAGUAUUUUUUGGAACAUUUGAAGUUUUUCAUAAACUUGUAUCAGCGUAAUGAUCUAGAAGUUAGUGGGGAGACUUACUCAAAUUUUCAAGAAUUUUUGGAUAUCUACGACACAAGUGAAAAUGAGACGUUCUACAAUACACGAAAAGUGGCCGAAUUGCUCUCGCCGUCGUGUUCAAACCUGAUACGAAGUUGUAAGCUUUCUGGUCUUGACAUCGAUUGUUUUAGUCGUGAGACGUUUCAGAAAAGUCUGACAUCAUAUGGUUUCUGUUGCACCUUUAAUACUGGGAAUUUUUAUCAGAAUCGUAAUAUACGCGAUCGUUUGGUAAACACAGAUAUGGGUUUAACAGUUGUGCUAAAUACCAGUCAUAAAGAUGACUUUGUCUCUGUUUUGAAAGUAGAUGGUUAUAUAGUGAUUGUGCAUAAUCCGGAGGUAUUCGCUGAUACGACAUCGGGUGAAUCUCGGGAGUUGUUUUUAACGUAUGGCGAAGAGUCUUUUUUGGCUUUGCAUGCACUUUUAGUCUUUACCGAUCCCAGUUUGAGUUCAUUUAGUCCGAUAACGCGUAAAUGCUAUUUUGAAAAUGAGUUUUCACACUAUGAGAUGGGCUCACAGUGGAAUUAUAGUUUUUCAAAUUGUAUAACACGCUGCCGCAUACGUAGUAUGGUGGCAUUGUGUAAUUGUAUACCAUUUUAUAUGGAUACAAAAUUGUUGAUAGAGACAGAUGGCGUAAUCUAUUGUACACUCCAGCAUGUGCCGUGUCUGUUGAGUUAUAAGUUUAAAUGGAGUAAUGUAUUAACCCACCGUAAACUUUUGCCUGGCUUGGAACGUGCUUACGAAGAGGCCCUCUACUGCCCAGAAUGUUUACCAGGUUGUAAUGAUAUUCAAUAUGAAGUCUCAUUAAUGGCUCUACCAAUAGAUCGAUUCAUUGCUGGGAGUACGGCUACAGAACUAAAUGCAACCGGCUUGGAUUUCGAAGAAAUGUCUGUGCUGCGUGUUUACUUCGAUGAGCCACACGCUAAAUAUUAUACGCGUGUGGUGGGAAAUACUUGGUACGAGGCAAUGUCACCACACGGGCUCAAACAAUCACGUCAAUACGUGCUCACCUACGAACGCACCAUAUCAGUAACGACUGACACCAGAGCAAUUAAGCAACGCUAA